AUGGAAAAACAGACUUCUUUAGCUCCUGAGAAAGUAGAGAAUGAGACAGAAGCCAAAGGAUCAGAAGUCAAUAUUCGCAUUCGAAUCAUCAAUUAUAUUGUUGUAAUAUUUUUUGGCCUCGGUCUCAUACUUUCUGGCGGAUAUGCUCUCUUUACGAAGCACAAGACCAUCCAGAAUGAGAAGGCUUUGGUAGAGCUACGCGCUCACAAGCGUGCUCAUUCUUUUGAUGCAAUACCCAGAUGCAUUGCUAGUUGCAUGCUACCACCAAUGCUUGCGAAAGGAUGCUCGCACUUGGACGCACAGUGUCUAUGUCGGAACUUACGGUCGUUAGACGAUUAUGAUGAUACGCCGAAACCCCCACCACGAAGGAUACGAUUAGUGAAACGAAUUCCGGACGAGGUGUUCGAUGAUGGGUCUACGACUGAACCUAUAACCGAAGUAACUGUCACGGUGCUUGACGUUACUGAUUCCAGUUCCACAUUGGAAGAUGACAAAAAGAUACUGGAAGGUGUAGUGGGCGAAAGUUAUAACAAUCUUGGUGUGGAUGAAGUCGACGAUUUGGAUCCCGAUAUUGUUGAUGUGCAGGGUAGCCGUCUGCACGGUGAGAACGCAGAAACUGUCGCUGUAGAAUUGGAAAAUGGACAAAAGGAAUCGGAGGACGCAGACACGGUGGCUGAUAUUGUGGGAACGGAAACAAUAGCUUCUGCUACCAACGAAGACGGUUCUCCUGAACUCGACGUGCUAUCUGGAGACGAGACUACGACCGGAAAUGUUGACAACGCAGCUAUGAACAGUGAGGCUGGGGGAAAUUCUGCAUCGGAAGAAACCGACGAAGUAAUAAUUGACCCAGCAACAACCAAUGUUCAGAUUGAUGGAAAUGAGAAGCCUGAUCUAGUACAGACUGAUAAUGAAGCGGCGAGUAAUGAGACAAUUGAUGAUCCUCCAUCUGCGAUCCAGGACCCAGUAAGCAAAGCGGUUGAUUAUGAGGAAGUCGAGUACGGUGCGACUGCGGAUGUAACAGUUGACAAGGACCGCGAAUUCAAAAUGUGUGUUGAAGAGUGUAGUUUGCAUGAUCAGAUCCGUGUACCUGGAUUACUCGCGGAAUAUUGUUGGGGAAAUGGAGCUCCGUUUGAGUUUCCAGAAGUCAUGAUGCCAAUGGUCAAGCGAGCUGGCGGGUAUGGAACUGGAAGUGCUUAUGGUUAUGGUUACAUUACAGGCUCAUUCGAGACUUCGCCUGAAGCAUCAGCAUCAGCAACUGGAACCUCUCGAACAUUUGCUACUCUACCACCAGUUGUCAGCGCUACAAACACUGGUGCAAUUAGCAGUGGAACCGCCACUAGAUCUGCAACUGGUGCUCUUAGCAGUGGAACUGCCACUGGAGUUCAAAAUACAGACACAGUUACAACAUUUCCAACCUUUACCGUAACGCCCCCAACACCCGAGCCUUCAGGGGGUCUCUCGGACGGUGCGAAAAUUGGCAUUGGAGUUGCUGUUCCUCUUGUCGCAUUAAUCGUUGUUGGAGCGUUUGGUUUCUGGUGGUUCCGUAUUCGUAAAAGGAAGCCGCAGGGCCAGUCAGCAUCCAACUAUACCGAGCAAUAUACAGGUAUGCCAGAACUUGCUGGUGGCGCUGUCGUUAGACCUAUGGGAGGCGCAGGCGGUGCACCACAAAUGUACGAAAUCAAGAAACCAGAAGUAGUGUAUGGCGCAAACAACUAUCAGCGCCCUGUUGAAGCCGGUGGAAUACCAAUAUCACCACAUACGGUCAGCGAGAUCGAUGGAACUCGACUACCGGAAAGGUCUGCUUAUGAUUUGCAGAAUACGACGUCUACUGGAAGGAGCCCUCUAGCUGCGAACAGGAAGCCCGUGUCUGGUUCUUCUCAAACCACAGCAUCGGGAUUUCCGGCUCCUUGGGAAUCGCAUGAACAUCAAUAUCUGCCAACUCCCAUGAUGUCAAACAUGGGUAACUCAAGCGUAACUUCUCUUCACAACCGCGAAGUAUCGGCCUCCUCGCAUCAUGUUUCUAGCGCGACCACGGCUGUUCAGCCAUCCAAUCCCUCGCACGCGUCUCCUUCGGAGGUUAGACCGCAAGAUUCCAUCUCCCAAGUUGGCAGUGCUACUGGCGCGAACAAUGCAUUGGGGGUGUCUGAUGACCAGGAGAUUGCCAAUAUGGAGAGAGAAAUGGCUGAGAUCAAGGAGAGGAAGGAGAGGCUGAGGCAGGUAGCCGAGCUUGAGCAACGGGAAGAGGCCCUGAAAAGAGAGAUCGAGGCGAGGAAGAAACGGAUAGGUGGUGGAAGUGGGAGCGGAGCGGGGUCGUAA